AUGGCGGCGUUCAGUGAGGAGUUCACGCUGUGCGGGCUGCUUACCGGUGCCGGGAGGAACGAGGGUCUGCAGGGGGUGGAGGCGGGAGCCGAAAAGGACACGGUGCUGAUAACGGACACCGGGAGAGCCGUCACUCUCUAUAAGGUUUCUGAUCAAAAACCGCUAGGCAGCUGGACUGUGAAGCAGGGGCAGUCCGUCACCGGGCCGGCCGUCUUUAACCAUGGGACUGGAGAGUACGUCAUGGUUCACGAUGAUAAGGUGAUCAGGUUAUGGAAGGAGGGUGACGUGUACCUGGACAAAGUCUUCAAAGCUACACUGUCGGCCGCUGUGCGUCGGAUUCACUCUCUCCCUGAUCAUGAGCCGCUGGUGCUGUUUCAAGGGGGAUACGUGCAGUUUUUGGACGCCCUGCUUGCUGAUCCGCAGCAGGAAGUGGAGACCACGCUGCAGGACGGAGAACGGAUAAUAUGGUCUGAUAUGUUUGCAGAAGCCACUCGGUCUCUAAUGGUUUAUGUUACUGAAUUGGCUGGGGAGCAUUUUGUAUACACCUGUCAGACCGGUCCCCGCGCUCUUCAGAAACGCAAACUCAAGCAGUACAAGGAGGGAUCCCUGGUGUUGGGCUUUUCUGGGUCCAUGAAAAAUGAAACCUUCAGCUUAUUUAUUUUAUACUCGAGCGGACAUGUGUGUCUCGCCCAUUUGUCUCUCGCUCAGACUGGGGACGUUCUUGCCGCAGAGCUGCUGCUUCAGCUGCCAGAAACCUCUGAACGAGGUGCCCUGACCGUUCUAGACGAUUCCCAUAUCGCUACGCUGGCAGCAUCUCCGGCAAAGCAGAAAGACUGUCUCUGUAUAUGGAAUACAAAGUUUCAGACGCUGCAGGCCGUCCGAGAAUUCCCGCAGCAGACCAGCACCCAGCUCUGGUGCCAUGACCGUAAAAUGUACCUUGUGCACGGCAAGUCCGUGCUGGUGUUGCCAUUUCUCUGUGAGCUGUCCUGUCUGGCGUCGGCUCUGGGCAAAGGCAGAAACGAGCAGACAUCAGCUCUUGAAACCGUGUCGUUUGCAAACUGGGACACGUUGGUAGGAAAUGCACCAGAAACCAAGAAAUCAAAUUCUGGAUCCAGGAAAAGUACCAGGCAAAAGAAGGCUAGAGAGAACGUGACGGAAGAGCCAGAAGCAGACUGGUUCGUAAAAGACAUUCAGAAUGCUCCAGAAAACCAGAUUCCCGGCAUCGUCCAGCACUCCUUGCAGCGGGUGGAAGCGGCCGACUUCCAUAUUACUGCAGCCAAAGUGAUGCAGGCGCUGAUUAACCGAUGUCAGAAUGACCCCCGAUUCUCCCCUCAGAGCGCCCUGAGGCUACUCGUUCAGACGGACGUUCUGUCCUACAGCUUGUGCCCGGGUUUGGUGGCCAUCUCCCUGGAGAAGCAGGACGUCUGCCUCCUGCAGCUCUGCCUGCAGCGUCUCCCUGACGUCCCGGAGGCGGUUAUCUGUUCCUGUUUAAAGACCUUCUUAAGUGUCAGCGAAAACCACCUUAAAGCUGCUCCUCUGGAUACGCGGUAUAUCGAGGGUGUUAUCGAGGUGGCAGAGUCUCCUGAACAUACAGAGAAGCAGGCAGCCCCGGAACCAGCCGUCGUACAGAACGGGUACAGCCCGGUGGCUCUGGAGGAGGACAGCUGCGACAUCCAGACACCGGAGACUCUGCCGCGGAGAAAUGAGACACCGAAAUCUCCAGUUGGCUUUAAAAGAGCCGUACUCCUGAACUCUGUCCUCACGUGUCCGUAUAGUGAGACGUUCCUCCUGCCUCAUCUAAAGGAUCUCUCAGCCAAUCAGGUUAUUCUCUUCCUCAGGUACCUGCACUAUCUGUACGUGAAAUGCAGCAGCGACAUGACAGUCAAUCCGUCAGAAAAGCAAAUGCCGACAGCCAACCAGAUCAUGGACUGGAUGAGUUUAAUGCUGGACGCGCAUUUCACGGUGGUGGUUAUGCUGCCAGAAGCCAAAAAACUGCUGCAAAAGCUUCAUAAAUUUGUUAAAAACCAGAUGAAGUUUUAUUCUGAGCUCAACAAGGUGGAGGGGAGUCUGUCUGAGCUGCACCGGUUGAGACGGCGGCCCAGGGACUGCGACAGAUAUUCAAUCCAAGUCCUGGAGCUUUAUUAGGCAAACGAUGAAAACAAUGACUGUUUAUUUUUCUUAAAGGACUAUUCCCCCCCCCCACAUGGAUCAUUUUUCAACACGCUUAUGUCAUGGUUACCGUAUCCUGCUUGUCUCUGCGUCGUCGCACCAUCGCAGGACGCCUUCCUUCCCGCUUCCAGACCCCGACUAUGAGUAAAGAAACGCAAUAAUGAGAAUUGUUUAAAUGUUGAACUUUGUUUGAUAAAAAGCUGCGUAGUUUA